GGGCAGAAGCCACCUCAAAAAGUACCUGAAAUAGGCAUAGAUAUCAAAAAUAUACAUAUAGUACAGUAAGUUAAAAGUGUUUGUAGUCACUUUUACCGAGAAAUAAAGAUUAUACAGCUUCUCAAAGUGUCGUUUUUGGAAAGCCGCGACCCCGGCGUAGUAGCCCCAUUCCAGAAGCCGUCACGUGAUGCCGUGACGUAACACAAGGGACGCACCCGCUAUCUGCCAAUUGUCUGUUUGUUUUAACAAUGGCAACACCGACCAUGGACGCUGACGAAGUUGAGACUUUUUCUGACUGCUCGUCUACCGUAGAAUGUAUCUGUGAGGAAUUUGAGUCGAACUCAGAUUCGGAGGAGGUCGUAGGAGUUCUCAUGCCCUACAGAUUUGAGCCAUAUCUCUCUGACGUGCAGUCAGACGAGCCGAAUUCUGACAGCGACGAUGAAGGUGAGGCCGCUGGUGACGCCAUGGCUGAUGGCGGGGAACUUGAAAUCGACGGACAAAUUCCGCUCGAUAGCGAAACCCGACUGCAGAACAUGGACUGGUGUACUUGUGGGAACUGCGUUGACCACCGAAAGGUGAAGGAGAAUGUGUGCUGCCGGGAGCAGAUGCGUGUUUGUGAGCGAAGGGAGAAGGAGCCCGGCAUUGACUGCAUUACCCAACACCACGGAUUUCCCCAAGUCUGCCUAGCCGUGGACGUACUAGAAACAGCAUACUUUGCUUAUCGGGAUCAUUACGGGUUGACCUUUGGAAACGACUGGAAGCGGUACACUGCGUACCGACAGUUUGUGCGCUGGUGCUACGAGUUCCUUGGAAAGAAGAACCGGGUUACUCUGCCCUCUUGCACUGUGGCUGCUAUAAGAAACCACUUCCCGUCUCCAGACUACACAGGCUUCCGGGAAGCUGACGACUAGAGAUGUCUUCUGCUGAACUUGUGCUAAGCCUACCUACUUUACCUUUGAUAGUGUAGUUGGUAGAAACUUUAUUUCUCUAGCUAAGAACUUCGUAAUAUGUAAAAACUACAAUCGACAAUGAUAUGUGUCAGAAAGUCCCCUGUUGGGACUAAUAAAUGUUGCACUGUGUUACGUAUGACAACCAAUGGAAUCAACUACAUUUUGUAAGAGGUAGAUAGUAUCCCUUCUUGGGAUUAGCAACAAUAUCAGUCAACUUUACUUCUCAAACUCAGAACUUUGUACAAUCAACUAUACUAUGUGGCAGAAAGUGUCCCCUGUUGGGACUAAUAAAUGUUGCACUGUGUUACGUAUGACA